GUUCAGCAGAUUCACAAGUGAGUCUUACACUAAAUUAUUCCUUACCAGAGGAUCUGAAAUCUUGAGGAGAGCAGGAAAAUGCUAAAACUCUGGACUCUCCUUCUCGCCUAUGCACUGAUGGUUUGUCAGAUGUAUGUCUCACAGGCAGCUCCCUCCAGUAAGGAGUUGAUAUCAGAUGGAGUCACACUAUCCGACGAUGAUGCACAAAAGCUACUCAGAGCUAUGAAGGAGUUCAUGCAGAUUACCUCAGAUGAGCAAGACCAGCAAGCAGCUGAUGGAAACAGUAAUGCAACAGUGCAGAAGCGGGCAUGCAACACAGCCACCUGUGUAACCCACCGAUUGGCUGACUUCCUUAGUCGGUCAGGAGGGCUUGGACACGCCAACUUCGUUCCCACCAACGUAGGAGCUCAGGCGUUUGGCAGAAGAAAGCGGCGGGGCCCUGUGUGAGAACAAGAGAUCAAAUGUCAAGUGCCUCAUUCCCGUGAGAAACUGCAUCAUCAUCAAUCACUUGGAAACAGCAUUCAUUCUUCAGAAACAUGGACUGAUCUCUCACUUUCAGAUGACCACAAGAAUAUUGUCUGUAUUCAAAUGUUAGUCUGUGCUUUGAUAUAGAGACAUAGCUCUUAUUGGUGUUAUUGUCACCCUGGAAAAGUAUUUGAGACGAGAAUUUCCUUUACUAAGAGGGAUAGAUAGCUUUCUCUGUGUUGGCCUGAUCCUAAACUGUACUUCUGACCUGUAUCUGCAGUGCAGUGUGUAGAACUGGAAGCCAUACUGUACAUCUGCACUGACAACAAACCGUUCAACAACUGUGGCUGUCUUGUUUCUUGCUGUUAAGCACAUCAUUACAUUUCACUGCAGUGCAAAAUGCAAGUGUGAAAAUGUACUAAUGAUUCUUCAUAUUGUAAAAAUUGUGAACUGUUAGCAGAAUAAAUUGUAUUUUAGCUACAAGAAGUG